AAUCAGCAGACAGAACUGUAACUAACGCGUUACCAGGUGGGACCUUGAACUAGACAGCAACAAUGGCGGCUGUAACCUCUACCAGACCGUACCACAUUAUUAUUUUUGGUGCCACAGGGUUCACCGGACAGUUUGUUGUGGAGGAGGUCGCCCGCUGCGCCGCAGAGAGCUCCCUGAAAUGGGCCGUGGCCGGGAGGAGCAGGCAGCGUCUGGGAGAAGUGUUGAAGCGGGCAGUGGAGAGGCUGUCCAUGCCAGAGCUGAGGACAGACAUUGAAAUCAUUGUUGCUGAUGUGAGCAUCGAGGAAUCACUGGCUAUCAUGUGCCAACAAGGCCUGGUGAUUCUUAAUUGUGUGGGCCCUUACAGAUUUUAUGGCGAACCAGUGGUCAAGGCAUGCAUAGAAAAUGGAGCUCACUACAUAGACAUCUGUGGGGAGCCUCAGUUUCUGGAGCGUAUGCAGCUAGAGUACCACACUAAGGCGUUGGACAGAGGAGUGUAUGUGAUUGGCAGCUGUGGCUUCGACUCCAUACCGGCAGACCUGGGUAUUCUGUACACACAGAGACAGUUCAAAGGAACACUGACAGCUGUGGAGAGCUUCCUGAACAUCAGCAGUGGGCCUCAGGGAAUGUCUGGCCACGAUGCCACUUGGCAGUCUGCUGUGUACGGUUUCGCGGACAGCAGCUCCCUCCGCCAGCUGAGGAAGAAGUUUGGCCACAAACCGCUGCCUGUGGUGGGAGCCAAAGUCAAAAAGAGAGGGUUUUUGUUUUUCAGCAAAGAGAUUGAACAGUAUGCCAUCCCAUUUAUGGGCUCUGACCCCUCGGUAGUCAAGAGAACCCAGCGUUUCCUUCAUGAGGAGGAACACCGGUCACCGGUCCAGUACAGUGCCUACGUUGGGAUUGGUGGCCUCUUCUCGGUAGUCAAGCUCCUCUGUGGUGGCCUAAUCUUCUGGUUCAUGGUGAAAUUCAGCCUGGGCAGGAAAAUCCUCACCACGUUUCCAUCACUGUUCUCCUUUGGAUUGUUCACCAAGUCUGGUCCAACCAUGAAACAGAUAGAAGACACCUGUUUCAGCUUGACAUUUUUCGGAGAGGGCUACUCAGAGGGUACAGAUCCCACGCAGGGCCAGCCCAACUCAAAGAUCUGCACUCAGGUCAUAGGAGCAGAGCCUGGUUAUGUAGCUACAGUUUCUGCUAUGGUACAAGCAGCCGUAACUUUGCUGAAUGAACUGCACUCUCUCCCCAGAAGGGGAGGGGUGUACACUCCAGGAUCUGCCUUCUAUAAAACCAGCCUCAUCGACCGCCUCCAGAGCCACAGCAUCAAGUUCUCUGUCAGAAACUACCAGUAGCCCUCUAACAGUAACCACUGUAAAAGCCACCCUCCACUUGCAGUAUGUUGUAUUUGAACUGUUGGCCGAUCUUUCAUCCAGUCAGCAUUACCGCUUUUAAUAAUGAGUGUGACUGUAAAAUCUCUGAACCCUGCAUCUAUUAUUUGUCUGUUUGUUGGUGUAUAUAUAGCUCUGAGAAUUCAUCUGAGGGGUCAGAGCCGGUUACAGAAUCAGUAAAACAGGGAGAGGUUUUAGACUUGGCUGCCAGCCACUACGUAUCUCUGGUUCUCUAUGUCCUAAGCCUAGUUCACAUUACAUGAUUUUCACCGUGAUUUUAACAUCGCAGAGGAUCUUGAGAGCCACCAUGGGUUGGAGGUGAGUCGGCAGAUAAUCUGCCACGACGAGUUCUCA